AUGCCACCACGUGAAGAGUUCCCGACUAAAGGAUUGGAGGGUGCACCAAGUAAUGAUAUAGGUUGGCACUUUGGAACUUCAGUGCCAAAUGUGAGAGGAAAUAUCGUAUGUAAACUUUGUGGUAAAGUUGUGAAAGGAGGAAUAACACGAUUUAAAGAGCACAUUGCUCAUAAAACCGGCAAUGUUGCACCAUGCCCUAAUGUUACUGGCAAGCAACUCGAGAAAGUAUCCAAUCACAACAUGUGGCAUAGAAGGGAAGAAUUCAGACGAAGUACUGGUGGUUGGGAUAACAUUUGUGAAGAAGGGCGAUCUUCUCAUGGAUCAGCUAGAGAACAUAAUAGAGAAAGAACAAGUAAAUCUAUCCCAGGUGAGUCUAAGUUUACCUUAAGGGGAGCUAUACCUGAAUUGGUUAGAAGCAAAAGUUCAAAGCAACCAAAGGUCAAUGACUCUUUUUUAAAGAGUUUUCGAAGGAAGAUAGGUGAAGCGAUAUCUAAAUUUAUAAUAUAUGAAAGACUUCCUUUUCAAUUAGCAAGCUCUCCAUGGUUGUAUACCUUAAUUCAAGUGGUAACAGAAGUUAGACAAGGUGUAAAGCUCCCAACACCUUAUGAGGUUUCAGAUGUGUAUUUGGAGUCAGAGUAUCAACGAGUUCAUGAUUGGGUAAAUGUACUAAAGACUCAUUGGAAAGAAUUGGGUGCAACUCUAAUGUGUGAUGGUUGGACCAACAGUUUGAAUCAAAUGCACAUCAUUAAUUUCCUUGUUUAUUGCAGUAAAGGAACCAUUUUUUGGAAAUCGGUAGAUGUCUCAAGUGUCCGUAGUAGAGAUGCUGAAUUCUACUACUGUUUGUUAGAUUCAGUUGUAGAAGAAAUUGGAGAAAAUUACAUUGUCCAAAUAGUGACUGAUAAUGAGGCAUCAAUGAAAGCUGCUGGAAAAAAAUUAAUAUUGAAAAGACAACAUCUAUAUUGGACCUCAUGUGCAGCUCACUAUUUAGAUUUAUGCCUUGAAGAUAUUGGGAAAAAGCCUAGUGUAGCAAAAGUGUUAGAUGAGGCAAAGAAAGUGACUUGCUUUAUAUACAAUCACAUUUGGACUGUUGAUUUGAUGAAGAAGUAUACACAAGGGAAACAAAUACUUCGACCCGCUCUUACUCGAUUUGCAACUCAUUUCAUUCAACUUGAAGAGAUAACAAGACAAAAGCAAGGUUUGAGAGAAAUGUGUCGAAACCAUCUUUUUGAAAAAUAA